AUGUGGGAAAACCACACAGAUACCUCAAUAUCUACACAAGGCCAGAAAGAGAAGAUUGGGAUCACACUGACACGCGGGAUUGCUACGGUUAUGCCAAGUGUCACUGCCAGAGUGGCCUGCGAAAACAGGGGCCCAGCUUGGAUAUUAGCCUAUUCCAGCCCUGAUAAUAAAACUGAUCAUACUAGUAAUGUUUUGAUCAAAUACAAGACAGAUGGAAUUUUGGUGCGUGAAAUAUUGGAUGGUGAGGCAGAUUUGGAGGGAUAUGGUGUGGUGAUGGUGGAUGAGGCCAAUGAGAGAACUUUAUCAACUGAUAUUUUAUUGGGAAAGCUUAAGGAUAUUGCUCUAUCAAGGCAAUGCGAUUUUAAACUGCUGAUUUCAUGUUCAACUGAAACUGAUGCCAAGAAAUUGAGUGGCUAUUUUGAUUCUGCCCCAGUUUUCAAAAUUCCCCGAAGAAGGCUGCGGAAUCUGAUAAGCCACAUGAAGAAGAUGGAAGAAGGCUUGGUGAACCAAGCAGUGGCGAGAACACUUGAAAUUCAUGUGACACAGUCACGACUCACACAACAACCUGGUGACAUAUUGGUGUUUUUGCCUGUUCAACAAGAAAUUGAAGGCGUCGACCAAAUGUUGAGGCAAUUAACAAAAGCUUGCGGCCAUGGCCAGCUGAUUAUCUGUCCCAUAAUUCAUGCACAAGCUCUUGAGCCUACACCUCAAGGGGCCGGGAAGGUUGUGCUUGCAACAAGCGUAGCCGAAACUUCAUUGUUAAUUCUGACUGGUAUUCAUUAUGUCAUUGACUCUGGAUUUUGCAUCAUGAAGUCUUAUCAUCCGACGGCUGGGGUGGAAUCGGCGCUACUUAGUCCGAUUUCAAAGGCAUUGGCUGUGCAGAGGGCAGAACAAGCUGGAUCUAUGUGUGCCAUGUGA